AUGUCUUCCAUGAAGCCUAAUUCUAAUGAUUCUGACGAAGAAAGAACAAUGUUUAUAGAAAUACCUUCGUCAGAUGUACAAAGCACCGACAAAAUAGCAGAUGAGGAGGAAAACUCUUCCGAUGAAUCAAUUUUACUACCCGAUGAUACCGCUAAGAAGCAAACUGCGCUUGAUACUGUUAUAACAAAGAUUGGAAUGGGAAAAUUUCAAAAACAAUUGUUGGUACUUUGUGGAUUAGGGUGGCUUGCUGAUAAUAUGUGGUUACAGUGUAUAGCUGUUAUAUUACCGAGAGUGCAAAGACAUUUUGAAUUGCCCGAUUCACUCAUCGGGGUAUUGUCAAGUUCCUUGUUUACUGGUAUGAUGUUUGGUGCCUUAUUCUGGGGUGUUCUUUCUGACACUCAUGGUCGUAAACAAGCAUUCAACUGGACUUUAGCUGUCACUACCGUUUUUGGUAUAUUUUCAAGCGUUGCACAAAGCUUUCCUCAAUUAUGUGCUAUGCUUUUCCUGUUGGGAUUUGGCGUGGGUGGAAAUAUGCCGGUCGAUGGUGCAUUGUUCCUCGAAUUUAUACCAAAAGAGCACCAAUACCUUCUCACUUUUAUGUCAGUGUUCUUCUCACUCGGUGCAGUGCUCAGUUCAGUUUUGGCAUACCUUAUUUUACCACAGAACAGUUGUCACGAAGGAACAGAAGGAACAGGCUUUGUACCAUGUGAUGUCUCUAAUGAAAACAACGGUUGGAGAUAUUUGCUGGCAAUUUUAGGAUCUUUGACGUUCUUCAUGCUCAUAUCCCGUAUUUUAUUUUUUCGACUUCAAGAAUCACCUAAAUAUUUAAUGUCACGUAACCGCAAACAUGAUGCCAUACUUGUGUUACGCAAGAUCGCAAAGAUUAAUGGUAAUGAUAUGCAGAUUCAUUCCAGUGACUUUCCAACAACUCCUGCUGCGAGUAAUUCAAAUUCUCGUAAUGGUUCAUUCACCGCUUUUCCUUUCCCGAAUGAAUCUCGGUAUCAUAAAGUCGAUUUUGUCUCGGAUCCAAUAGCAUAUAUCAAGUACCAUGUGUCAUCAAAUUUGAAUGCAGUCAGACCUUUAUUCACAAGAAAAUGGUUCGUCACGACCGUUCUUGUAUGGGGUAUAUGGGCUCUGGUUUCUUUUUCUUACACUAUGUUUAACGUAUUCUUACCAAAAUAUCUUGAGAGUUUGGGGUUAAAUAACGGUGAAAAAGAGACCGGAUCAUUGAUGCAUGACGUUUUAAAGGAUUAUGUUAUAUAUUCAUUAUGUGGAGUUCCCGGAUCCGUGGUUGGAUCAUGGUUAAUAGAAACUUUUCUUGGUCGUAUUGGAACCAUGUCAUUUGCAACGUUUGGUACUGCGUUAUCUGUGUUCCUUUUCUCGGCCGUUAAAUCGCAUUCUGGUGAAGUGAUCUCUUCAGCUAUGGUCAACUUCUUGGCCACACUGAAUUACGCUGUUAUAUAUGGAUAUACUCCGGAGGUUUUUGAGUCAAAAAUAAGGGGCACAGCUUGUGGAAUAGCAUCUGCUUUUGGAAGAGUUGCUGGUAUAAUUGCUCCAGUGAUAACAGGCAUUCUCCUUUCAAUUAGCAUAUCUGUGCCAUUAUACGUUUCUGCAUUAUUAUUUGCAAUAUCUGGUGUUUGUAUGGUUUUAUUACCUAUCGAGACUAGAGGAAGACAGGCUUAG